GGAUGAGCCUCACUACACCAGGAAAUAUUGCAUCCUGAAUUUUGUGGUUUAGCUGUGAAGCCUUCUGCUCACUACUUUCAGUGUUCCUCUAGUUUGAGACGUAGUUUAUCCAGACACAUUCGCUGCAUAUUCUUGCUAGCAGCGGCACCUUCGUCCAACUUCCAGCCCUAGAUGGAUGCAUACCUUUGGCUGUAGAGGUGCAGACUGUUGGGCUGUCCGGUGAAGCAAACCCGCCAUGCGUGAAUACAAGCUAGUGGUGUUAGGCUCUGGAGGUGUGGGCAAGUCCGCUCUGACAGUUCAGUUUGUACAGGGAAUCUUUGUGGAAAAAUAUGACCCUACAAUAGAAGACUCGUACAGAAAGCAAGUGGAGGUAGAUGGGCAGCAAUGUAUGCUUGAAAUUCUCGACACAGCAGGCACAGAGCAGUUCACAGCGAUGAGGGACCUGUACAUGAAGAACGGCCAAGGCUUCGCCCUGGUAUACUCCAUCACAGCACAGUCCACCUUCAACGACCUCCAGGACCUGAGAGAACAGAUUCUACGAGUAAAGGACACAGAGGAUGUGCCGAUGAUCUUGGUGGGGAACAAGUGUGACUUGGAGGAUGAGCGUGUGGUGGGGAAGGAGCAGGGCCAGAACCUGGCCAGACAGUGGAACCACUGUGCCUUUUUAGAGUCCUCUGCUAAGUCAAAGAUCAACGUCCUCGAUAUCUUCUAUGACCUGGUCAGACAGAUAAAUAGGAAAACGCCAGUGGAAAAGAAGAAGGCGAAAAAGAAAUCCAACUGUGUCCUGCUUUAAAGACUCCCUUCCAGCCCCUGCAGCAGCUCUGAGCCAGAAAUGCUGUAAUGAAGAACUGUUGCCCUGAUUGGAACGUGCCAGCAUUCCAACAGCCCCUCCCGCCCCCACCCACCCAACUCCCCCUCCCUCCAUCAGCCAUAAACGGUGAAUCAGCUGACUGAACUGCUCCUAUCAAAGACGAGGAUGAUCUACACCAGAGAGAGAGAGAGAGAGAGAGAUGGAGAGAGAGAAAGAUGGAGAGUAAAGAGAGAGAAAGAAAAGACAGUAAGAGAGAGAAGACUCUGGUCUCUCUCGCCUCCGAGGACCUUCCUCUGUGUCUCUGUUUCAGUGUGAACCCCUGAACGGACAGUCUCCAUUUUCUGCACCAACAAACACCACAAACUUAAGAUGAUGAUGAUGAUAAAAGCCUCUGAACGUUUAAAAAAAAAAAAAAAAAAAAAAAAAAAAAAAAAAAAAAAAAAAAGUGUCCAUGAGCCGCCUAAUGGCCAGAGACAGCCCCCUUACUUUCAUUUUUUUGACAGAUUAACAAAAAGAAAAUAACAGCUUUUAAAAAAAGAAGGAAAACAAAGUUAGAACUUGGAUUCAGUAUUUUUCCUCUUUUUCAUUAUCAAUAUCGUAUUUGAAAGACAUGGAAGUUGACCUAUUUUUUAGUUGUAUGAUUAUAAAUAUUCUUCAAAAACAAGCAUGAAAAAAUGCAUCAGUUAUUAAGUGUAGAUGUUUUCAAGUGAAAUCAAGUGGAAAAGUGAGAAUUAUUUUAUAGCCAUACACCUAUUCUCCAUGCCUGUCAUGUCAGUGAUGAUAGAUCAAGGUCUAUAAUAUGUGUUAUUAUUUUUAUUAUAUAUUUUUUUCUUUGUUCGCCCUGUUGUUCAUGGACUUCUCUUCUGCGAAUAUCUCUCUCUGAUGUGACUUAAUUUUAUACUCAGUCACUGGGAUUUCAUAGCUCCCAUAAUAUAUUCUAAUGCCAUUUUUUGCAUAUUAAUGCUUCAGAAAAAUGGGUCUUUUAUAGAAGAAAUAUGGGGAAAAAUAAGGAUUGAUUUCUAUGUCUCUUGAAGCUGAAAUAUAUUAUACUAAACCAACUCUAAUAAUGCUUCUUGUGUUUUUCUGUCAAUGAUGUUCCAGCUUUUAUGGAUUAUUAAAGUACAUUUUAGUACAUUUUCAUUAUAUUGGUCAAUGUAUUUUUGUGAAUUAAACUUUUAUCCAAAUCAGAUUUGACUUCUUUGAGAAGAGUGAAAUUAAAAAAAUGUUUUAUUUUUUAUCUUUUUUUAAUGAAAGGGUUUCGGAACUUUUUAUGGAAGAAAAGAAAAGAAUAACAUGGGGACAUUUAAAUUAGCUAUUAAGUAUUGUUUCUAUACUGUGAAACCAGUUUGUUCAUUGAUCAACAGAUGGAAUAGAGAGGAUAAUAUUGUGAUUUAAGUUUACGGAUGCCACUGGGUGUCAGUGUACGAUCAGAAAUGUUUCACACAUUCAGAGUGAACUGAUUCAAAGCCUUCAUCCCAACAGUCAGUUAUAUAAUGUGGAAUAUUGGGACAAUA